AUGACCUCCUCCACAACAGCAUCCCAAGCAGAGUUGCAGGCCGCCAGGGUUCCUCUGGGUUGGAGAGAUCAAUGUUCUGCCCUCUUGAUCCCUCUCAACGUCUGCCGACACAAGGAACUUUACAUGCCAUGGAAGUGCGAGGACGAGAGACACGGCUACGAAAAGUGUCAAUACGACGACUAUGUCCGCCGGAUGAAGCUGCUUGUCAAGCAGAAGAAGGAGGCUGCCGAGGCUGCUGCUGAUGACGAAUAG